AUGGCGGCCAACGGCGUGAGAAGGGCACUUCAGCUAUCGUCAUCUUCCGGGAGAAUACUCUUCAGUCGUUCAUCAGCUGCAUCUUCUGCUUCGAAGAUCGGGAAAUCCGCAGGAAUUGAUUUCGCGAGUGGAUCAUCUGCUUCGUCUCGCUCCUCACUUCGCAGGCUCACAUCCUCCAGGAUACCUGUGGAGCUGAGUGCAGGGAUAUCACUUAUACCUUUACAUAGUGUUACUGCUUCAUCUUUGCUCACUUCACUGCUAUCUCUGAGCAAUCAAAGCUGGGGUUGCCUAUCAGAAGCUCUUUUCGUUUCAUUGAUGCUUGAGAACGAGGAAAACUCCAAUUACUGCUUAUGUACGUUUAGAAAUGAAGCGAGAAUCUGCAUUCUGUUUCCGUACUAA